AUGGUGAACAUCACGGAGAAGAUCAAGGAGAUUGAGGAUGAGAUGAAGAGGACACAAAACACAUCAGAAUAUCAUCUUGGCUUGUUGAAAGGAAAGCUUGCAAGAUAUCGUGCCCAACUGCUCGAGCCAGGUCCUGGCGCAGGAGGUCCUGGCGGAACCGGCUUCGAUGUACAAAAGUCUGGUGAUGCUCGAAUAGCACUCGUGGGCUUCCCGUCCGUCGGAAAGUCAACAUUUCUCUCCAAAGUCACGAAAACGAAGUCCGAGGUCGCUGCAUAUUCCUUCACGACUUUGACUGCCAUUCCUGGAGUGCUGGAGUAUGGAGGUGCCGAGAUCCAGGUUCUCGAUCUUCCUGGUAUCAUUGAAGGAGCUUCAGAGGGUAAGGGCCGUGGACGGCAGGUCAUUUCGGCGGCAAAGACCAGCGACAUGGUCCUCAUGGUUCUCGAUGCCACGAAGCGAGCAGAACAACGGGCGCUUCUUGAAGCAGAACUGGAAGCAGUCGGCAUCAGGUUGAAUCAAGCACCUCCGAACAUCUACCUCAAGCCCAAAACGGCCGGCGGUAUGAAAAUCACAUUUUCCUCUCCACCGAAAUAUCUUGACCAGAAGAUGCUUUACAACAUCCUACGAGACUACAAGAUCCUCAAUUGCGAAGUAUUGGUCAGAGACGAGAACGCCACUGUGGACCAAUUCAUCGACGUGAUCAUGCGAGAUCACAGAACAUACAUCAAAUGCCUCUACGUCUACAACAAAAUCGACAGCAUCAGUCUGGAUUUCCUCAAUCGACUAGCGCGAGAACCCAACACCGUCGUGAUGAGCUGUGAGCUGGAUCUUGGAAUCAAGGAGGUCGUUGACCGGUGUUGGGACGAAUUACAUCUGAUCAGAAUCUACACGAAGCGAAAGGGCAUCGAUCCGGAUUUCAGCGAAGCCCUGAUCGUCCGGAACAACAGCACAAUUGAGGAUGUGUGUGAUCAAAUUCACCGGACGAUCAAGGACAGCUUCAAGUAUGCAUUGGUCUGGGGAGCGAGUGCGAGACACGUACCGCAACGUGUGGGACUAUCACAUGUUGUUGCAGACGAGGAUGUUGUCAGUAUAGUGGGAACCAAGAGCGGUUUGGCAGCCAAGUAG